AUGUCUGAAGAUAAAUCUCCUAAGACAUCGACUGAGCCAACUGCCUCUCCACAGCAGGGACAGGGACUGCCGUAUCGUAUUCUCUCCAAGAAGCAGAAAUGGAACAUUGUCAUUUUUGUUUCCUUGGCGGGCUGCUUAUCGCCUCUCUCAUCGAACAUCUAUUUCCCCGCUAUUAACACCAUAUCCACUGAUCUGGGUGUGAAUGCGUCCCUUGUUGCGCUGACAAUUACCAUCUACAUGGUUGUACAGGGGAUUGCUCCCUCAAUCUUCAGCACCCUCUCAGACACCUGCGGACGCCGCCUCACAUUCACCAUAUGCCUCACUAUUUACAUGGCUGCCAACCUGGCUCUCGCUUUUACGUCCAGUUAUCCAAUGCUGAUGGUCCUGCGAGGCCUACAGGCCGCGGGCUCUGCAGCUACAAUUAGCAUCAGCACUGGUGUCAUCGCCGACAUUACAUCCUUAAAGGAACGUGGUGGCUUCAUGGGAGCGAACGCCGGAAUGCGUAUGACGGGCCAGGCAUUUGGACCUGUCAUUGGGGGUGCUCUGAACAGUGCGUGGGGUUUCAGAAGCAUUUUCUGGAUGCUCUUUGUCUUGAGCGUGGUCAUCCUCAGCGCCAUCCUUAUCUUUCUGCCGGAGACUCAUCGCGGCAUAACGGGCAACGGCACCAUCCCUCUUUCGGGGUUUGGCAAACCCCUUAUCUAUAUGCUCAAACCACCAAUGGCAUCGAAGGAGAGCCCUGAAUCAAGUCGGUCAUCGAGUCCUCGUCCACCGAUGCCCUUGAAGAAGAAGAGAGCCUCCAGUCCUUUAGCCUACAUCUUUGAAAAGGAUAUCGCAGCCCUUCUGGUCUGGGGCGCAGUGGCCUACACCGCAUGGAGUAUGGUGACAUCCUCGACUACGACGAUGUUGUUGUACGGCUUCCCCUAUCUUACUGAGUGGCAGCUUGGCCUAUGUUUCCUGCCCAAUGGUUUUGGCUGCAUCUGCGGCUCGCUCAGCUCAGGCUGGCUCCUGGACCAAAGCUUCAGACGUGUCCAGGAGCGGUACAGACGAGAGCACAACAUUCCCUCCGAAGAAAAAAUCGUCAGCAGGCGCGACUUUCCUCUUGUACGGGCCCGUCUCCGUUACAUGCCUCUUUUCAGCAUUGCACUUGUCAUCUCGCUAGCGCUGUACGGACCAAGCUUUGAAUUCAACGACUUGCGGCGGCAAUUUGGUCCGAAUCUAGCGGCGCCGCUUAUCCUCCAGUUCUUGAUCGCAUUCGCGGCGAUGGCUCUCUUCAACAUCAACUCAACGUUGCUGAUCGAUUGCUUCCCUGAACGCCCUGCCAGCGCGACAGCCCUCAACAACCUGUGCCGUUGUCUGCUGGGCGCGGCCGGAGUCAGUGUCAUCCAGCCACUAAUUGAUGCCGUAAGGGUGAUGAAAGCUUUCUUCAUUGUCACUGGCAUUGUGCUUCUUUUUCAACCGCUCAUUUUGGUUGAGUGGAAAAUGGGGGAGAAGUGGAGGCGAGAGCGAGAGGACAAGCUGGCUGCUUGUGAUGAAGCUUGA